AUGCUUCGUACCGCUCUCACCCGAUCCACCGGCGCCAUCAAGGCCUCUUCGCGCACCUUUGCGUCCGUGCGGGCCAAGCACACGCUCCCCGACCUCUCCUACGACUAUGGUGCUCUCGAACCCGCCAUCUCCUCCAAGAUCAUGGAGCUGCACCACACAAAGCACCACCAGACCUACGUCAACGGUCUGAACCAAGCCGAAGAGCAGCUUUCGGAAGCCAUCCACAAAAAGGAUGUCAAGUCCGCCAUCGCCCUCCAGAAGGCCAUCAACUUCAACGGCGGUGGACACAUCAACCACACGCUCUUCUGGGAGAACCUCGCUCCCCAAAAGAACGGCGGUGGAGAGCUGAGCAGCGGUGCCCUCAAGGACGCCAUCGAUCGCGACUUCGGUGGUCUUGAUCAGUUGAAGUCCAAGUUCAACGCUCAGAUCGCCGCUAUUCAGGGCUCCGGUUGGGGCUGGUUGGGCUACAACCCCCAGACGAAGAAGUUGGACAUCGUGACCACCGCCAACCAGGACCCGUUGCUGUCGCACGUGCCUCUGAUCGGCGUUGAUGCUUGGGAACACGCCUUCUACCUGCAGUACCAGAACGUCAAGGCCGACUACUUCAAGGCCAUCUGGGACGUCAUCAACUUCAAGGCUGCCGAAGAGCGUCUCAAGAAGGCUCAGUAA